GGACACGAGACCGGGGGUUAAAAAUCCAGAGACUGAAACAAUAAAAACACUAAACGAUCGCUUUCCCACACACACACACACAAACACACAAAGGACGAAGGACUCAGCACUCAGAACUCAGCAAUCCGGCGAGGACUUGUGCGUCUGUUAACAGCCGCAUUUGAAUUUAAAUGCGAAACGUUGAUCAAACGGUGCAGACGUGUUUUUCCCAACGGUAGCGCUCGGCGUUUUCCCCUAACGAGUUUUUCGUGCCACGAAUCAAGUGAAGAAAGUUGUACAAAUUUUAUAACAAAAAUAAAUAGAAAACACAACAGUGAAAAGUAAAGAACAAAAGUGCUUCAGCAAAUACAAGAACUUGCUAAAAAAAAAAAAGAGAAAAUCAAAAGACAUGUCUUCCUCCGAGGCCGAAGUUGACAUCAGUGUGGUCUCCAGUCCGGAGCCGAGUCCAUUGGGCGCCGCCGCCCGCGACAGUCCGCUGCUGGCCCGCUCGCCGGCCCGCUCCGCCGACGGCAGUUCGCCGCCCGCCACGCCCACGCAUCGCUCCAAUACGCCCAACACAGCCGCCGGUACGCCCACCACCUCCACAUCGGGCGGCAAUCACUUCCAUCACAGUCCCAGCGGAGGAGCCGUGCCGCCGGCGGUGUUGCACCACCACCUGCAGCACCAUCUGAGCAGUCUUGGCGGUCAUCCGGUGGCCCUGCAUCAUGCGCUCCACACUUUUGGCCACUUGCAUCCCGCCCACGGGGCCACACAUCCCGCCCUGCUGCAACACGCCCUCACGCCCACCAGCCAGCAGCAGCAGCAGCAACAGUUGCAGGUGCAGCAGCAACACCAAACGCAUGUCGAGCGCCUAAGUCCGCCGCCCAAGAGUCCGGAGCGGAAUGGCGGUGAGGAGUUGCAGGGCCAUCUCAGCCUCAACAACAACAACAGCAAGGCCCUCAAUCACAACAACACUUGCGCCUCGGCCGCUGCAGCAGCAGCAGCGGCGGCGGUGGCCGCGGCCAACCUGAGCAACAACAGCAACGAUAGCAACGGGAGCAGCGGUGGUGGCGGCAAGGGCACCACCGGAUCGAACGGAUUCACCAGCUUCUCCAUCUCCAGCAUCCUGAGUCGCAGCGAGCCGGCCAAGAAGAACGGAGCCGCCGGCCUUAUAACUCCGAUCCCUCAGCUUCCUCAACCAGGAUCCGGCGGACCACAGGAUGCGGCAAUGCUAUCCAGACUGGGUUUCAUCUCGCAGUGGGGAGCGUUGGCGGGUCGCUAUGCCGCCCUGUGUCCGCCCGGAUGGCCCUGGGCCCCCCAGCGACUGCCCUUCCACAGUCCCACUCAUGACAGUUCCUCCACGAACACGACCGAGAAUCCGCCAUCGCCCACUUCCAUGAGCCCGAAUCACAACAACAACAAUAGCAACAACACUGCCAACUCAAACCAGGCCAGCAAAUCGCCCUCGCACCACCCACUCCACCCCCUCUACCACCCCCACAACUCGCAGCAGCAGCAGCAGCACCAACAGCAGCAGCAGCAACAGCAUCCACAGCAGCAACAGCAUCCACAGCAGCAGCAACAGCAUCCACAUCAGCCCACCACGCCCACCAGCAGCAGCAGCAGCGGAGGCGGCAGCAGUCUGGCCCACCAUCCGCAUCCGCAUCUGGCGGGCUCACAUGGCGGCUACUUGCUGCCCAGCAGUUCCAACGAGUCGGACGAGGAGGGCGAGGAGAUCAUCGAGGAGGAUGACGGCACGGAUGGACCCUCCGACAGCUCCUCGCCACAUGGCGAUGGCAACUCGAAGCGCAAGAAGAAGACCAGGACUGUGUUCUCGCGAGCCCAGGUCUUCCAGCUGGAGUCGACCUUCGAUCUGAAGCGCUACCUCAGCUCCUCGGAGCGGGCGGGUCUGGCUGCCUCGCUGCGUCUGACCGAAACGCAGGUGAAGAUCUGGUUCCAGAAUCGCCGCAAUAAGUGGAAGCGUCAGUUGGCCGCCGAGCUGGAGGCCGCCAAUAUGGCCAAUAUGGCACAUGCGGCACAGAGAUUGGUGCGUGUGCCGGUGCUCUACCAUGAUGGCACCACCGCUGGAUUUGUGCCGCCACCACCGCCGCACCACCACCCCAUGCAGUACUAUGCGGCGGCACGCAACACCAGCCCCCCGCGACCGCCCCUCUCGUCGCUGGUAUAG